CACGGCUCCUUCUCCCCCAGCACAUGAGAAUUUGAGCUGCAGAACUGGCAUGCCCUGGUAAGUGGAAGUCUGGACACUUCAAGACAUGGAAUCAUCUUUCUCCUUUGGAGUGGUCCUUGCUGUCCUGGCCUCCCUCAUCAUUGCUGCAAAUGCACUAGUGGCCGUGGUUAUGAUGUUGUUGAUCCAUAAAAAUGAUGGCGUGGGUCUCUGCUUCACCUUGAAUCUGGCUGUGGCUGACACCUUGAUUGGCGUGGCUAUCUCUGGCCUAGUCACAGACCAGAUCUCCAGCCCUGCUCGGUCUACCCAGAAGACCCUAUGUAGCCUUCGGAUGGCAUUUGUCACUUCCUCUUCGGCAGCCUCUGUCCUCACGGUCAUGCUGAUUGCCUUUGACAGGUACCUUGCCAUCAAGCAGCCCCUCCGCUACUUCCAGAUCAUGAGUGGGCUUGUGGCUGGGGCCUGCAUUGCUGGGCUGUGGUUGGUGUCUUACUUCAUUGGCUUCCUCCCGCUCGGAGUCCCCAUAUUCCAGCAGACCACUUACCAGGGGCCCUGCAGCUUCUUUGCUGUGUUUCACCCUCGCUUCGUGCUGACCCUCUCCUGUGUUGGCUUCUUCCCAGCCCUGCUCCUCUUCGUCUUUUUCUACUGCGACAUGCUCAAGACUGCCUCCGUACACAGCCAACAGAUCCGAAAGAUGGAGCACGCGGGGGCCGUGGCUGGAGCUUACCGGCCCUCACGGACUCCCAACGACUUCAAGGCCAUCCGCACCGUGGCUGUUCUCAUUGGGAGCUUCACUCUGUCCUGGGCCCCCUUCUUUAUCACUGGCAUUGUGCAGGUGGCCUGCCAGGGCUGCCACCUCUACCUAGUGCUGGAACGGUACCUGUGGCUCCUUGGUGUAGGCAACUCCCUGCUCAACCCACUCAUCUAUGCCUACUGGCAGAAGGAGGUGCGGCAGCAGCUCUACCAGAUGGCCCUGGGAGUGAAGAAGGGGCUCACCUCACUCUUCCUCCCUCUCUCUGCCAGGAAUGGUGGCCCCCAGCGGCCCCGGGAAAGUUCCUGCCACAUCGUCACUAUCUCCCACCCACAGCUUGAUGGCUAAGACGGUAAGAGCAGAGAAGUUUCUAAGCGCUUUCCCCCUCUCUUUUCUGGGCCCCAACUGGGAGAUCAGACAGAGCUAA